AGCAUAGUACCUAUUAUCUUCUAUAAACUUGUUUGUAAAUAUUUUUAUGAUUUUUACAAUAAAUUGUGGACUUUUGCUGUGUAAAAAUGGAAGUAUCUAAUGAAAUAAAAGAAGAUAUUCGGAAGACACAAUCGGACUUGAAAAAUGCGAUACGAAUUCAUCAGAUAUGGGUAGCGCGUUUACAAGAAGAUGAAAAUAAUAUACAUGUUAAAAAUAAAGUUAGUGAAGCAGAAAAAGAUAUAAUUUCUAUAAGUCAAGCGCAGAAAUUGGUGGUUGACAGACUCCGCAGAGAAUUAGAACUAUACCAACAGCGCCUGAGGGCUAGAAACAGGCAAAUUAAUAUAGAAAAUGAUAAUAGAUAUGUUGCCCAACAAUUAAGAGACCAUCAACUACAGUAUCGCAACAGAUGCCGUACAACUUCACUUUUGAAGCCUUCCGUUCUUAAUGAGAUACAGAUUAAAUCUGAAAAUAUUAACAAUGAAACAAAUAACGUUUCGGAUUCCGAUAAUGAAAACAAAUACAAUGAAAAGGAGAAUUCACGUAGCAGUGAGAGAGAUGAUAGAGAUAAAUAUCAGAGGAAUUUUGCACAGCUGCCAAAUAUUGUGCACGAUAGCAGAAGCAACUUUACUAAUGCACUAAAUAAAGUGAAAGAAUCUUUUAUUGGUAGCAAGAUUCAAGACCAGGAGUGGCAGGAGCAGGGAUCAGACUCUGACUCAUCACGCGAUGUAUCGCUGACGCCUUCGCCGCCCCCUUUGCCUGAACCUGGUGAACCCAUUUCUAAGGAGAUUUUUCUGAGGCUUCUUGGUUUGAUUAUGCCCGCACAGAAAGAAAUACUUGAAAGGAAAAUAAAUGAACGACGGAAAAGAUCUACAACAAGUACAAAUAAGAAUGAUUUCCUUUAUGGCAACUAUGAGAUGCUGCCGAAACGCAAAAAGUACAAUCAAUUUCCAUAUUUGCAAAGCCACAGCGACCCACCCCAAACACGCUCGGCAAAGUUACGGAAACAGCAGAAUCAGAACAAAUCAUCUCGGGAAGGUUCGCCCUCUGGUUCAUCAUCUGAAAACAAAGCAGGUUGGAGUAGUAGUAAGCCGGCCUGGGUGGCGGCUUUGCCAGCCGGUCUGUCGGUAGAACCUGUAUAUACUCCUACUAAAAAAGUUUGCCAUGGUUGCGGCAGAAAUGAUGUUCCGUCGCUGCUGGUGUGGUGCGUGUCGUGCGCCGUGUGGCAGCACACGGGGUGCGGCGCGGAGGGCUGCUGUGCUGGUUGUAGCGCGCCGCUGCCGGACCCCACCGCCUGCGCCAGCACGCCCACACAGAACCUUGACUUGUAUAGAGAUAAGCUCGCGGAACGGAAACGCUUGCAAGAAAAAAACAUCGAAUUGUGCGUAGAAUUGCGUAAAUUGGAAGCGCGAGCGGCUACACUAAAGGAGAAUUUAGACGAGCACAAUGCAGAAAAGCGGCAAUUGUUAGCGGACCAAAUCAAAACGCAAAGGAACCUCCAGAAACUGUUAGACUUCAUAAGCCAAUUCAAAGAAACGUCCAUAAGUGUGAGAUCUACCUCUGCGAGCGAGUCUGGCAGUGAAGUUAGCAAAAGCAACGAAGAAUGAGAUAAUACGCGUAGUGGUUAAUAUUGUGUGAUUAUAUCAAUUAUAUUGUUACGUUGUUUUGUGGUAGAAUAAUAUUCUUAUUUCAAAUUGAGAUAUGUACUUAGUAGAAUUUUUUAUACGUAAUCGGAUGGAUAUGUUGGUAGUUUAUUUUAUCAAGAAAAAUAAAAUAAAUAAAAAACAUAUCAAUUGUUGCCAUAAAAAGUAAUUGAUUUGUCAUAAGUAAUAAAUUAAUUGGUUAACACAGCUUGAUGGCGAUGUGUCGAUAUUAUACUUGUAUGUACAAUUAUUAUUGAUUUUAUAUUUUUUGUUGUAAUGUUGUUUUUCAUUGUAAUAAUUUUAAAUAUUAAAAAUGAAUUUAUUGUUUUGAUGAUGAUAACAUGAUUAAGUAUUUCAUAAUAUGCUUAUACUAUUAAUUAUACUGUAUAUAAAUAGUAUACAUACGAAAGUGUGUCUGUCCAUCUGACUGUUUGCUAGCUUUUCAUGCCCAUUUUGACGAAAAUUGGUAAAGAAAUAGCUUGCAUCCAAGUAAGGA